AUGAACGCCCUUGACGAGUGCCACGCCCGCGGCUUCCUUUACAAGGCCAUAGGUGGCUGCAACGACAUUAAGCGGGAGGUGAACAAAUGUUUGUCUGGGGAACGGACGAAGAAAAGCAAGAAAAACCGAGAGACAGCCCUGGAGCGGCGGGCGAGGAUUGAAUCUGUGUGGGCGAAGUUCGACGAGGGCGACUAUUCGGCCCUGGAACAAUUCACGAAAUCGAAAUAA